GCAUAUAUAUAUAGUUGUAUAGGCAUUGGAAAGCUCAGACCGUGAAAAGGAGCUAAGAGCAAAUUUAGACUAGAAAGAAUUAGAAGAGAAUGGGGCGUACGAACACAGUUUUGUUGGUGUUGGUUUUUGCAGCUUUGUUCACAAAGGAAACCUUGGCGGCACAACAUGUUGUUGGGGGAAGCCAAGGCUGGGAGGAAUCCACAGACUUGAACUCAUGGGCGUCCGGCGAGAAAUUUAAGGUUGGGGAUCAACUUGUUUUUAAGUACACCUCGGGGCUGCAUAGUGUGGUGGAGCUACCAAACGAGAGCGCCUACAAGAGCUGCAACACCGGCAGUGCCCUAGACUCCAAGUCUAGCGGCAAUGAUGUGGUGAAACUGACCAAGGCCGGCACACGAUAUUUUGCUUGUGGCACUUUAGGCCACUGCGGCCAAGGCAUGAAGAUGAAGAUCACUACUGUCGCCGGAAACACACCUUCUUCACCGUCGUCGCCGUCGUCGCCGUCGUCUUCUGCAGCAGCUUCUUCUUCUUCUUCUUCCCUGCGUUCUGUCACUUCAUUGUUUGGGAUUGCUGCAUUAUCUGUCCCCCUUCUGCUUUCCAUGUUUUAAACUUAGUGUUUUGGAGUAUUUUGGGCCUGCUUAAUACUACGAUGGAUGUAUGAUUUUAUCUUCGAUUUUGGAGAUAAAUUAUGGUCAGUGAUGGAUUUGUAAUUAAGCUAUAUUUUUUGUUUUGUUUUGUUGUUGAUUGGAAUUUUAAAGAAUAGCAUAAUAAAGUGGCUGUGAUUGGUUUUG